AUGUCGAUGGAUGAUUCGAAGCUGCCCCCAACGGUGCCGGACGACCUUUUUGGUCGGGACGACAUGGCCCCAGAUGAUUCCAGUCAAAUGGAUGACGAGAGUGAUUCCGAAGAAGAAGAUGAAUCGGAAGACGAAGAAAUGGGCGACGACGAAAAUCCAUUCCUUCCGCGUACGAGUUCUAUGAUUGAAUCAGCAUUUCCGGCCACAAUCUCCCAACCAGCAACGUCUCCAGCGACCAUAUCUGAAACGACAAUGCCUACUACAACAUCAUCAUACAUCUUGAGCUCAUUGACCGACAAUCCAUUCAUUCCCAUUUCGACCGUGACUAGUUCAGCGACUCCAACCUAUCCGGUAACUUCAACUGUCGCAGCAGAGCUGACUUCGGCAGCUAUUCUCUCUACCACAUUUGCAGUAGGGACCAAUGCCGCGGCGACAACAAGUGCAAGCACUCCCAACGCCUCUGCUGAGGCCUCCACGUCUCAACGGACCUCUUCCCACACCACCACGGCUAUUGCGGUAGGAACCACUGUUGGGGUACUGUCCAUUGUCGCCAUGGCCUUUCUCCUUUUACGGUACUGCACGCCUGUCAAGGCUCGAGUGGCAGCAUACCGAGGACGAAGGGGACAGAGGCUUCCUGGAGACGAAGAAAGGGCAGGGAGUCCGCGGAGGAUGGCUCUAGGGAUGUCACAGGCUUACUCUCCGAACCCGAUGGGAGUAUCACAAUUCUCGGUCAAUGCGUCUUCGGCCGUCGGCACUCCUGCAUCGACCUUUACCGGCGCUACGGCUGUGGGCCUUCCCGUUACUACGACCCGAGUUCCCCCACCGGUCUUGGUUCGGAACACUAGUCGACGGGUGAACGACGUUGAAAACCCAUUCAGCGACCCAGCGCCCCUUGCUCGGAAGGGAAGUAGUGGUGGAAGCACGACCUCUAGCACGCGGCGGAGUCUUAGCACUCAUAUGGCAAAUGAAGACGAUACCGGCGGACCGCCCACACGCCUAUCCAACGUGAAUGGAAACGGAACCUAUGCAUUCAACUUCAGUUUCGACGAAUACGCCGCAUCGCACGUCACCGGUGAGCCGGACCGCCAUCCAUCGGGCCUGGGCAUCACAAUGGACACUUCGUCGCCCCGAACACCGUCCCCCGCGACAUUCACGCCCCCCACUCCUCCAGAAUCCGUCAUCGACUCUCCAAGAAGCCAAUACCAGCCUCAAAUUCGGAAAUCGAUUACGCCUUCCGAAAGCGUGUCCAACGCCCCGUCCUCGCCGCUCCCGUUCCCAGCUGAACUAGUCCCUCCGAUGCCCAAUUCGCGGUGGAGCCGCAACUCGUCGAGUGUCAACGGUCGUGGCGCCACCGAGGAGAAGACAGACAUGCCCAGCGCAGGCGGGGAUGGAAUUGACACGGACCCUUCGCUACUUAGUAUGAACAGGGGAAGUUCAGCCUCGUCUGUCCCGUCGAAGCUCAGUUCCGGGAGCAUUCCUACACUACGGCCGGGGUUACCCAACGGAGUCCGCCCCCCGUCCGGCUCUGAGAGUCGACAACGGAAUGGAAGUGGAAGUGGAACCGAAAGCGCUAUCAGGUUGCCUGCUAUGACGUAUCGACCUUGA